AUGAAGGACCGGGGGGUUUAUCCGUGGAUUUAUUCCUUUUUGGUGUGUCAUCUCUGCAGUUUUUCGUUUGGACAAACGGUGUACUCUGUUUCAGAGGAGACAAACACGGGGACGACGGUGGGGAAUUUGGCGAAGGAUUUACAUCUUGAUGUGAGGGACCUUUCUGCUCGAGGAUUUCAAUUAGUGUCUGGACCUAAUGAGAGGUAUUUUGAUGUUAAUAUCAGGACUGGGAUCUUGCUCACGAAAGAGCGGAUAGACAGAGAUGAGCUAUGCGGAGAAAGCAGCAAAUGCACAUUAGAGUUGGAGGCAAUAGCUAGCUCGCCUGUGAGUAUGUAUCGCAUUGAAAUAAAUGUCUUGGAUAUAAAUGACAAUUCACCGAUAUUUCCUACAGCGGUAGACUAUUUGAACAUUUCUGAGGUAGCUCUUCCAGGAGAGAGGUUUAUUCUACCGAGGGCAUAUGAUGCCGAUGUGGGUAGCAACUCAGUGAAAGGCUAUAAGCUGCAGAACAAUGAACAUUUCUCUCUCGAUGCACAGAAUGGGGAGGAAGACGCCUCGCCCGAGCUAGUGCUGACCAAAGCUUUAGACCGAGAGAAACAGUCUACAAUACCACUCACAUUAACUGCUUUUGAUGGUGGAAAACCAGCCAAGUCUGGUACGUUGAAAAUUGUUGUUAAUGUAGAAGAUAUUAAUGACAAUAUUCCAGUGUUCAGCAAACAGCUCUACAAAGCUCGUGUAACAGAAAAUGCUCCGAAGGGUACAUCUGUCAUCUCUGUCCACGCGACCGACUUAGACGAAGGAACAAAUGCUGAUUUAGUUUAUUCAUUUUCAGCACGCGACAACAAACAUUUAGAUCUGUUUUCUAUUGACCCAGACAGCGGCUUGAUCACAGUUAAAGGGGAUAUAGAUCACGAAACAGACCGCGCCAUUGAAAUUCGCAUUCAGGCUAAAGAUAGAAGCUCAAAGCCACGCGCGGGGCUUUGCAAAGUGUUGGUUGAGGUUAUAGACAUAAAUGAUAACGUGCCAGAAUUGUCUGUAACAUCCUUACUUAGCACGAUGAAAGAGGAUGCCACUGUGGGAACAAUGGUGGGACUUAUAACAGUCAAAGACGAUGAUGCCGGUUCAAACGGAGCCGUGAACCUAAACAUACUCGGCUCGGUGCCAUUUAAGAUAGAAAACACAUACAAAAACAAGUAUUCCUUGUUACUGAACGGCCCUUUAGAUAGGGAGACCGUCUCGCAGUAUGGCAUCACCAUAAUAGCCAGAGACGAGGGCACCCCUUCUCUCUCCAGCAGUAUUGUUCUCACAGUAGACAUGGCGGAUGUGAAUGACAACGCACCACACUUCCCAGACCCGGUCAUAAAUGUGUAUGUGAAAGAGAACAGUCCGGUCGGCGGUGUCAUUUACACGGCGUCCGCUGUUGAUUUGGAUGUGGACGACAACGCUAAAAUUUCCUAUUCAAUGCUCGAGGGCGUAAAGGGAAGUCCUGCCGCGACGUCUUUUGUUAAUAUAAAUGCAGAUAGUGGUGAAAUAUAUGCCCUGCAGUCGUUUAAUUUUGAAGAAAUGAAAACUUUUCAAUUUCAAAUUGUAGCAAAAGAUGCUGGUGUACCCUCUCUGAGCAGCAAUGCAACAGUACAUGUAUUUAUUUUAGACGAGAACGACAACAGUCCAAGCAUUCUCCUCCCAUAUUCGCAACAUGGCUCUGUUAACAGUGAGAAUAUCCCGUAUACAGCAGAGGCUGGAUACUUUGUGGCCAAAGUUAGAGCAGUGGACGCAGACUCUGGAUAUAACGCGCUGCUUUCUUACCACAUCUCUGAACCCAAAGGAAAUAAUCUCUUCCGAAUCGGAACCAGCAGUGGUGAGAUCAGGACAAAGAGGAAGAUGAGUGACAAUGACAUUAAAACUCACCCUCUGGUCAUUUUGGUUUCGGAUCAUGGUGAACCAUCGCUCUCAGCUACAGUGUCUAUUGAUGUUGUGGUUGCUGAGAGCUCUGGCGACAACCAGACUCCUUUCAGACAUGUACCAAGGACUACUGACGACAGUUUUUCUGCCUUGAAUUUCUAUUUGCUCAUCGCCAUUGUCUCAGUGUCCGUCAUCUUUCUACUGAGUCUCAUCACGUUGAUAGCUGUGAAAUGCCAUAAAUCAGACAGCAGCCUCAGUGGCUACAACCCCCCAAUGAUCACCACACAUCCUGAUGGAACCUGGUCUUACUCCAAAUCUACACAGCAGUAUGACGUCUGCUUUAGCUCAGACACACUGAAGAGUGACAUGGUAGUUUUCCCUGCGCCGUUUCCGCCUGCUGACGCAGAGUUGAUUAGUAUCAAUGGAGGAGACACUUUUAAUCAGACUCAAACACUACCAACCAGAGAAAAGGUAAGUCCAUUGCACAGUGACAAAUUGUUUCCCUCUUUGCUGUGA